CUAGAUCGACGGACCACCUGGGUCGAACAAGACGAGUUGCGCGUGCCCAACUUCAUAUGGGACAACUUGUACGGGUACCAGAAGACCGCAGUCAAGUGGCUGUUUAGCUUGCAUAAGAAGCAAGUCGGAGGAAUCUUGGCGGAUGAGAUGGGACUGGGCAAGACGAUUCAGAUUGUCGCUUUUUUAGCCGCGUUACACUGUAGUAACAUACUGCAGACGGCGACAACGCGGCGAUUUGGGACAGGACCCCCUAGGACUGGCGGAAUCUUGAUUCUGUGUCCCACGACGUUGGUCGAGCAGUGGCGUGACGAGAUCAAAAGUUGGUAUCCGCUAUUGAGGGUCAGCAUCAUGCGCGCCGUGGAUAUGCAAUUGAAGUUGGAGAUGAUGCGGUCUACAACGAACAAUCACGGCGUCUGCAUCACGAGCUACGAAACUUUCCGGAUCUACAGCGAGUCCAUCUUUGAGUUCCCCUUCACCUACGUGAUUAUGGAUGAGGGGCACAAAAUCCGGAACAAGGAUGCCGCAAUCACGUUGACGUGCAAGCAAAUCGACACGCCCCAUCGCAUUGUUUUGUCGGGUACUCCUAUUCAGAAUCGACUCUCUGAAUUAUGGUCCAUCUUCGACUUCGUUCAGCCGGGCUUGCUGGGAACUUUCCCAGUCUUUGAGCAGCAAUUUUCGACCGUGAUCGAGGCGGGUGGGCAAAUGAACGCUACGCCAAGGAUGGUGGAGGCAGCCUUCCAGGCAGCGACGAUUCUCCGAGAAGAAACUUUGCCGUUUUUGCUCAGAAGAACGAAAGCCGACGUUCAAGAUAUUGUGCGGCUCCCGCCGAAGCAAGAGCAAAUCCUGUUUUGCAACAUCACGCCACAACAGUACCAGGUCUACAUGGAUUUCUUGCAGACGGAUAAAGUGAGGCAAGCACGAAUGCGUGGAAACGAAAGUUCGAAGAAAGGCGUCCCUCAGAUUUUCUUCAUUAUCUCGGUCCUUCGCAAAUUGUGCAAUCAUCCGGAUUUGCUGUUGAAGGAUCAUCCUGACCUAAUGCCUAGUGAUUACGGCGCGGUGCCCAGAAGUGGCAAAAUGCUUGUUUUGGGUGAAAUCUUGAAACAGUGGAAGCGAGAUGGGCACAAAGUGCUGCUUUUUACUCAAACUGUCCAAAUGCUGGAGAUUUUGGAAAAUUGGAUCCAGAAUGAGUUAGAGUACAAGUCCUUGCGGAUGGACGGGAAGACUCCUGUUACUCAGCGCCAGCACUUGAUUGCGAAAUUCAACGAGAGCCCAGAUAUCUUUGUCAUGAUCAUGAGCACUAAAGUUGGAGGCAUAGGACUGAACAUCACUGGCGCAAACCGCGUUGUUCUAUACGACCCAGAUUGGAAUCCGAUGACAGACGUGCAAGCGCGUGAGCGAGCCUGGCGCAUAGGACAGCAGCGCGAGGUCACCGUGUACCGUCUAGUCACUCACGGGACUUUGGAGGAAAAAAUCUACCACAGACAAAUCUUCAAACAUUUUUUAUCGCAGAAGAUCUUGAAUGAUCCAAGACAGAAACGUUUCAUGAAAAUCAACGAUGCGCAUGAUUUGCUGCAAGAGCCGCCGGCCCCACCAGGUUGGGACCCAAGCGCGAUGUUGGAUGAACUACAAGGUGGACGAGGAGGUGUCGUUCGUGGUAAGAACAAGAUGCUCAAACUCAACAAUGGUGAGAUGAAAGCAGGAGGACCAGGCGCUGCUCAGAAAA